CUUCCGCUCCUUACCACAUCUGCUGUUGCUCAACGAGCAUUCCAACCCGACGGAAUUAACUUGCGAAGAACCCCCGUUCCUCUCGCCAGUGACAUUUGUUCAGAUACAUCCUCCGCUGUCGGACAGCGUUAACCCACCCCUUCCACCUUGAUCUUUUUCUUGGACACUCCUUGGUUCGCCCCGCAAUUUAUAUAUCAUGGCACCCCGCGGUCGUGCAGGCAAAUUUUCCAAGCCCUCCCGAGGAGGUGGAAAGCGAUUUAGUCGAGAUGUCCAGCCGGUCGACAAAAACGGCAACCCCGUUGGGCUAUGGAGAGAACCCGAGGAGGACCCCGACAUGUCGUCAUCGGAGGGCGAGGAGGAUACCGAGUCAGAGCAGUCCGGCUCGGACGAAGGCCCCCGGGAUGAAAACGACCCGGCCGGUCCCAGCUCCGCGGAGGCCCCCGAGCUAACGCGCGAAGAACGCCGUGCGGCCGCCAAGGCCAAGAAGCAAGCUGCUAUCGCGAGGCGACAGAAAGUUCAACCCGGCGAUCUUCCGCCGUCCGACGACGAGUCCGACGACGACGACAGCAACAACAAAAACACCAGUAACAACAACAAUGGAGACGAAGACCUGCCCGCCAACCCGAAUCACACAGCCAAAUCCCGUUCGCAGCUGAGCGGAGAAGCCCCCGAAAAGGCGGCCAAAGAUCCGUCGCAACUGUCUCGGCGGGAACGAGAGGCCAUCGAGGCUCAGCAGGCCCGAGAACGCUACAUGAAAUUGCACGCGGAAGGCAAGACUGAUGAGGCCCGUUCCGAUCUGGCGCGUUUGGCCCUGGUGCGGGAGAAGCGGGAGGCGGAUCGGUUGCGCAAAGAGGCCGAGAAGGAGGAGAAGGCCGAACUGGCCAAGGCCCGCGCAGAGGAACGAGAGGCGAAGUUGGGCGGAAAGAAGAAGGGCGCGCCCAAGAAGAAAUAAGCAGUUCGCGAUGGUGACAAAAAAGGAUACGGAGGAAUCCUUGUCUCCCCUUCUUCGACUCCCUUAUGGUGUCUCUGUCUCGGGAUAACAGAGAUCACCCGACCUUCUUGCUUGGAUUUGCUUGGAUUUUGGCAAUACCGGCAUGAUUGACCGACCGGUACCAUCAUAUCACGCUCAUAUUUUGGAAUAUCUUGAAUAAGACCUCGACAUAGAUUUUUGUCGUCUUGAGUGCUUUCUCCGGGCGAAAAGCAGCUGAAUGUAGAGUAGUAAGGCACUAAGGCUAAAAGAAGCAUUUACA